AUGGAGGCCACCCCGAUCUCCUCCAAGCCGCCCUCGCCGGCGCCGGCGCCGCCGCCCCCGAUGGAGCCGGUGCCGCUGGCGGUCAUGGAGCCCAUGCCCUCGCCCCCGCCCCCGCCGCCUCCGCCGCCGCUGCCGCCGGUGGUAGAGGCGGAUCCCGGCGCCAUGAACCAGCUCGCGCUCGCCUCCACGCCCAAGAGGCAGAAGGUGGAGGAGGCCGCGGACGGGAACGGCUGCAAGCAUUGCGCCUGCAAGAAGUCCAGAUGCUUGAAGCUAUAUUGCCCAUGUUUUUCUGGUGGAGGUUAUUGUUCUGAAAGAUGCGGAUGCCUGCCAUGUUUCAACAAGGUUGAUUUUGCAGAGACAGUUCAGACCACCCGCAAGGUGCUGCUUUCACGUCAGAAGCGCAUGUCUAUGAAAAUUAAUAGAAGACUCGAAGCUAAUGCUGAAACUGUGCUGCAGGAAGACGCGCACAAUUCUUCUUCUUCAACUCCGCCAAGGCUAGGCUGCAAUUGCAAGAAAUCAAGUUGCCUGAAGAAAUACUGUGAUUGCUACCAGGAUGGGACAGGAUGCUCCUUAUUUUGCCGGUGUGAUGAUUGCAAGAAUCCUUUUGGAAAAAAUGAAGGUAUUCUGACGGAAGAGAGCAAGCGCUUUCUGUACACCGGUGCGGACCUGGAUCAGAGCGAGGAUGAACAUGACUUCGUCGUGGAGCGUCUACAAUCACCUAUAUCGAAGGAAUCUUCUUUCCAACACACUCCACCUCGGAACAAGGCUUCAAGCAGAGAUACACACCUGUUGCCUGCGCAGGCGCUGUCGCAGUGGCAGUCCCGCUCGUGGCAGUCUUCGAAGCGGCAGAUGAACGACCGGGCGGUCGAUAUCUCUGGGGAGAACAAGAAUUCAAACCAUGACUGGCAGCUAACGAAGCAUCAGCCUCAGGAAGACAGCUACAGCAUCUCGAGAUGCGUCCAGAUCCUGAAUGGCAUGGUUGAGCUCUCGCAGGUGGAGAAAUCGGUAGCCCCUGACGUGUUCCUGCAGCAGGGCAACCGGGAGAUAUUCGUCUCUCUUGGCCUAGAUGUCCGAGCGCUGUGGCUAAAGCGCAAGAUCCAGAACCUGACUUAGGACAUGUUUUCUAGUAUUGUUGGCAAUCAGAGAUUGAGGGCUGAGUAUUGAAUCUUAAUUUAGAUCAUGAAUGUCUGCUGGUGGUUGAAAAUUGCUGAGAUUUUAGGGUUUUCUUGUAUACUGAGAUGUAUCCUGUAUUUCCAUCACCUGCCUUUGUAGAGAGCUAGCAGCUGAGUACCUGGUAACAUGUUAUAAUAAUUGAUUUGUUAUUAUGCACCUACAGCUACUGUGA